GUUUUGUUAAUCUACAUGCCCAUCUGACAUGACCUUCAGGCUCCCACUACCCCGCUGCUGCUGUAUGCAAACCGGCGUGAUCUGCGAUUGGUGGAUGCUGCAAAUGGAAAAGAGAACGCUACAGUUGUAGUGGGUGGUUUGGAAGAUGCAGCUGCAGUGGACUUUGUGUUUGUCCAGGGGUUGAUAUAUUGGAGUGAUGUGAGCGAAGAAGCUAUUAAACGAACAGAAUUUAACAGAACUGGGAGUGUACAGAAUGUGGUCAUUUCUGGGCUUUUGUCACCUGAUGGGUUGGCAUGCGAUUGGCUGGGAGAGAAACUAUACUGGACGGAUUCUGAAACAAAUCGGAUUGAGGUUUCCAAUUUAGACGGAUCUUUGAGAAAAGUUUUAUUUUGGCAAGACUUGGAUCAGCCCAGAGCAAUAGCCUUAGAUCCUGCAAGAGGGUUCAUGUAUUGGACAGAUUGGGGAGAAGUGCCAAAGAUAGAACGUGCUGGCAUGGAUGGUUCAAGCCGCUCUGUUAUAAUAAACACAGACAUUUAUUGGCCAAAUGGAUUGACUUUGGAUUAUGAAGAAUGGAAGCUUUAUUGGGCAGAUGCUAAACUGAACUUCAUCCACAAAUCAAACCUGGAUGGAACUGAUCGGCGAGCAGUGGUUGAAGGAUCCCUUCCACAUCCUUUUGCUUUGACUUUGUUUGGGGACAUGUUGUACUGGACUGACUGGAACACUCAUUCUAUCUUGGCCUGCAACAAGUCCUCUGGGGAGGACCUGCAUGAAAUACAUUCCAACAUUUUCUCUCCCAUGGAUAUCCAUGUUUUCAGCCAACAGAGGCAGCCAAAUGCUACAAACCCAUGUGGAAGUAAUAAUGGUGGCUGCUCCCACUUGUGUUUGAUGUCUCCUAUCCAGCCUUCUUAUCGGUGUGCUUGUCCCACUGGUGUGAAACUCCUUGAGAAUGGAAAGACCUGCAAAGAAGGUGCCACUGAGUUACUGCUCCUAGCUCGCAGGACAGACUUGCGGCGGAUUUCCUUGGAUACCGUUGAUUUUACAGACAUUGUCUUGCAGCUGGAAGAUAUCCGUCAUGCCAUUGCUAUUGAUUAUGAUCCUGUGGAAGGAUACAUCUAUUGGACUGAUGAUGAGGUGAGGGCCAUUCGCCGCUCUUUCAUAGAUGGAUCAGAGAGUCAGUUCGUUGUCACAGCACAGAUUGCUCAUCCUGAUGGCAUUGCUGUGGAUUGGGUUGCCCGAAACCUUUAUUGGACUGACACCGGCACAGACCGCAUAGAGGUGACAAGACUUAACGGGACUAUGAGAAAGAUCUUGAUAUCAGAAGACUUGGAAGAACCAAGAGCAAUUGUAUUGGAUCCCAUGGUUGGAUACAUGUAUUGGACUGACUGGGGAGAAAUUCCAAAGAUUGAGAGGGCUGCAUUGGAUGGGUCAGACAGAGUUGUGCUGGUGAAUACUUCGCUUGGCUGGCCAAAUGGACUGGCCCUGGAUUAUGCAGAAAACAAAAUAUAUUGGGGAGAUGCAAAAACAGACAAAAUUGAGGUCAUGAAUGCAGAUGGCAGUAGCAGGAGAGUUCUGGUAGAAGACAAGCUGCCUCACAUCUUUGGAUUCACUUUGCUGGGAGAUUACAUCUAUUGGACAGACUGGCAAAGGCGUAGCAUUGAGAGAGUGCAUAAGCGUUCAGCAGAAAGAGAAAUCAUCAUAGAUCAACUGCCUGACCUAAUGGGUCUGAAAGCCACUAAUGUCCAUCAGAUCAUUGGUACAAACCCUUGUGCCAAAGACAAUGGUGGUUGCAGCCAUCUCUGUCUGUAUAGACCUCAGGGCCUUCGCUGUGCCUGUCCUAUAGGCUUAGAGCUUAUCAGUGAUAUGAAGACUUGCAUCGUCCCAGAAGCUUUCCUGCUCUUUUCUCGGAGAGCAGACAUCAGGCGAAUUUCUUUGGAAACCAACAACAACAAUGUUGCCAUUCCACUUACGGGAGUCAAAGAAGCUUCUGCUCUGGAUUUUGAUGUGACAGACAAUCGGAUUUACUGGACAGAUAUCUCACUGAAGACUAUCAGCAGGGCAUUUAUGAAUGGCAGUGCACUUGAACAUGUGGUGGAGUUUGGCUUGGAUUACCCGGAAGGCAUGGCAGUUGACUGGUUAGGGAAGAACCUGUAUUGGGCUGAUACCGGAACAAAUCGCAUUGAAGUGUCAAAGCUAGAUGGACAACAUCGCCAAGUAUUGGUGUGGAAGGAUCUGGACAGCCCCCGGGCCCUGGCAUUAGACCCUGCUGAAGGGUUUAUGUACUGGACUGAGUGGGGUGGGAAGCCCAAAAUUGACCGGGCUGCCAUGGAUGGAAGUGAACGUACUACUUUGGUACCAAACGUGGGACGAGCUAAUGGGCUAACAAUCGAUUAUGCUAAAAGGAGACUUUACUGGACAGAUCUAGAUACCAACCUAAUAGAAUCUUCAAAUAUGCUAGGCCUAGACCGUGAGGUUAUAGCAGAUGACUUGCCUCACCCAUUUGGCUUGACUCAAUACCAGGAUUACAUCUAUUGGACAGACUGGAGCCGGCGCAGCAUUGAGAGAGCCAACAAGACCAGUGGCCAGAACCGAACUAUCAUCCAAGGCCACUUGGACUAUGUGAUGGAUAUCCUGGUCUUCCAUUCCUCAAGGCAGGCAGGCUGGAAUGAAUGUGCAUCCAGCAAUGGGCACUGCUCCCAUCUCUGCCUGGCAGUGCCAGUUGGUGGUUUUGUUUGUGGCUGCCCUGCUCACUAUUCUUUGAAUUCUGACAACAGGACCUGUAGCGCUCCUACAACUUUCCUGUUGUUCAGUCAGAAGAACGCAAUUAAUCGCAUGGUGAUAGAUGAGCAACAGAGUCCAGAUAUCAUAUUGCCUAUCCACAGUCUCAGGAACGUCCGAGCCAUCGAUUAUGACCCCCUGGAUAAGCAGCUUUAUUGGAUUGACUCUCGGCAAAACAUUAUCCGGAAGGCACAAGAAGAUGGCAGCCAGAGCCUCACGGUGGUGACAAGUCCAGUUCCUAAUCAGAACCUGGACAUGCAGCCCUAUGACCUGAGCAUUGACAUCUACAGCCGUUACAUCUACUGGACUUGUGAAGCCACUAAUGUGAUUAAUGUAACACGCUUGGAUGGGAAACCGAUGGGUGUGGUGCUGAAAGGAGAACAAGACAGGCCCCGGGCCAUUGUGGUGAACCCAGAGAAAGGGUACAUGUACUUCACUAAUCUGCAGGAAAGGUCACCCAAAAUCGAGAGGGCAGCACUGGAUGGAACUGAACGGGAGAUCCUCUUUUUCAGUGGCUUGAGUAAACCUGUAGCCCUGGCCCUUGACAGCCAGCUGAGUAAAUUGUUCUGGGCUGAUUCAGACCUCCGGAGAAUUGAAAGUAGUGACCUUUCAGGGGCCAAUCGAAUAGUUUUAGAAGACUCCAAUAUCUUGCAACCUGUCGGGCUGACAGUAUUUGAAAACUGGCUGUACUGGAUUGACAGGCAGCAGCAAAUGAUUGAAAAAAUGGACAUGACUGGUCGAGAAGGACGUAUGAAAGUCCAGGCUCGUAUUGCACAGCUCAGUGACAUACAUGCAGUUAAAGAACUAAACAUCCAAGAAUACAGACAGCAUCCUUGUUCUCAAGAUAAUGGCGGGUGUUCGCACAUUUGUAUUGUGAAGGGUGAUGGUACAACCCGAUGUUCUUGCCCGGUGCACCUUGUUCUUCUUCAGGAUGAACUAUCCUGUGGAGAACCCCCAACCUGCUCCCCUCAGCAGUUCACCUGUUUCACAGGGGAGAUUGACUGCAUUCCCGUGGCCUGGCGCUGUGAUGGAUUCACUGAAUGCGAAGACCAUAGUGAUGAAAAGAACUGUCCUAUCUGUUCAGACUCCCAGUUCCACUGUGAAAGCGGACAGUGCAUAGACAGCACCCUCCGGUGCAAUGGAGAGGCAAAUUGCCAGGACAACUCUGAUGAAAAGAACUGUGAAGUGCUUUGUUUAACCGAUCAGUUCCGCUGCGCCAGUGGCCAGUGCAUUGGGAAAAACAAGAAGUGUGAUCACCACUUGGACUGCAGUGACAGCUCAGAUGAGCAAGGAUGCUACACAACGGAGGAGCCAGCACCACAAGCCAACAAUACCAUAGGCUCGAUCAUUGGCGUGAUCCUCACCGUUUUUGUGGUUGGAGCAAUGUACUUUAUCUGCCAGAGAGUGCUGUGCCCUCGCAUGAAAGGCGAUGGGGAAACGAUGACUAAUGACUAUGUGGUGCAUGGCCCAGCCUCUGUACCACUUGGUUAUGUGCCUCACCCAAGUUCUCUGUCAGGAUCUCUCCCAGGAAUGUCUCGUGGUAAAUCUGUGAUCAGCUCCCUCAGCAUUAUGGCCGGAAGUAGCGGACCUCCCUAUGACAGAGCCCAUGUCACGGGGGCAUCCUCUAGUAGUUCUUCAAGUACCAAGGGCACUUACUUCCCUCCAAUUUUGAACCCUCCGCCCUCACCAGCUACUGAACGCUCACAUUACACCAUGGAAUUUGGUUAUUCUUCAAACAGUCCUUCCACUCAUAGAUCUUACAGCUACAGACCAUACAGCUACCGGCAUUUUGCCCCUCCCACCACACCCUGCAGCACGGACGUUUGUGACAGUGACUAUGCCCCCAGCCGGCGGGUCAUGACAGCAGUGGCUAAGGGCUACACCAGUGAUUUGAACUAUGAUUCUGAGCCUGUGCCCCCUCCGCCGACGCCACGAAGCCAGUACCUCUCGGCAGAGGAGAACUACGAAAGCUGUCCGCCCUCCCCGUACACAGAACGGAGCUAUUCUCAUCACCUCUAUCCGCCACCACCAUCCCCCUGCACGGACUCCUCAUGAGGGGAGCCCCCUCCCCUUCCUUAACUGCCUCCAAAACAAAAGUGUAAAUAUAAAUUGUCCGUAUCAGGGAGGGGGGAGGGAGCUAUUGGAGAGGGAUGAGGCAGAACAGUGUACAGUUAAAAGUUAUUAAAUGGGGGUGUGGAAUACUGGAGAUAUUUGUACAGAAGAAAAAAAGGAUAUUUAUAUAUUUUCUUAAAUAGCAUCUGCUGCUUGUGCCAUAAGAAGAAAUUUUUGUAUAAAAGAAUAGAAAUUUGUACAAAAUUUUUAUUUUUGCAAAUGAAACAAAAAAAAUGCCUUAAUCCAGUGAAGUGACCGAGCACAUGAGAAAAUAGAAGGACCAGGACGCAUCACUGUCCAGUGAGGCAAAGUAUGGGGUUUGUCAAUACCAAAAAUGUUUUAAAAAUGAGAGAAGUCAGUCUCAGAGCAGCAUACCAUAGAUACUUGGAAGUAGCCAAAUAGUCUCUACAUUAACUAUGGAGGGCCAGCAUUGAAAGAUAAACUUGAAGAAAGCACAAGACAGAUACUUACCAUACACAAAGGGCUUUGUUUUCUACAGGAAUACAGCAAUCAUAGCAGUGAAUAUAUAUGUUACAGUAUUUUAUUAUGUGUGUGUACAAAUAUAAUGAAAUAUUAGAUAUAUUGUCACACACUUUUUUAAAAAUUAAAAUGCAUCCACAUUGUUUUUUUGCCUGCAUUUGCAUCAUUCCCCAUUUUAAAACAUUCUCCAUUGCUAGAAGUUCAGUAAUUUUGUUGGGUACUCUUUUAUUUUACCUCCCUCUCCUUCUUGCAACUUCUUUCUCCCCAGAGCCAUUUUGUUAAAUCAGAUUUCCUUGUUUAAAGUACUGCUAGAAUUGAGCUAAUGAAAAUUCAUCCUCUAUAUUUUAUUAGACUUGUGUUGCAGUCCAAUGUUAAGUAUCGGGUUUCUUCAUUCUGCUGAUACCAUAGAAUUACAUUUUGUAUCAGGUCAGCCCAAUUCUCAUGUAUUCGACAUGGGUAAUAUGCAUAUACCUGAAUCAUUUUAGUUCCUUAAAAACUGUUUUGAUUUAUUGCCCACAGAAUGUCAAAUAUUUUUAUAGCACAUAUAAUAUAGACAACAUAUUUCUAAACUAUAAAUUUAACUAUAAAUUGCUAGAUUUACUGUAAAUGAAUCCUGUAUCAUUGCAAUACUUUCAGUGUAUAAUUAAUAUCACAAUAUACAAAUCAUGUGUAUAUAUAUCUAUAUAUAUAUCUAUAUAUAUAAACACACACACACACACACACACACACACUUCCUAGUAAGGAAGCAUUUAAACAUUGUCACUGGGGAGACCAGACACAAUCUAUAAAAAUUGAAUUUUGAUGAUUAAAAAUGUUUCCCCCACUGUAUUAACUGUUCUUGCUGUGUUCAUGUAAGGUAAGCUGGUCUUUUCAGUAUGAUUUCUACAUACCUCCUCUUUUGCGUGGCAUGCUUUUAAUACCUUAGUAUUAACCACUGUGAAUGUCAAAUUUUAAAAUAUUCUUAACCAAAUCAUUUUAUAUUCUCACCCUAUAUUUUUGUAUCUCCUUAUUUAGCUCCCAUGGCCAUUAGAAAGGGAUAGUAUGAGUUCUUUUUAACGCUUGGUUUGCAAGAACUGAAGGGUAACAUAUGAUCAUCUUAACUCUACCUGACCCUAGUGCAGUGUUUAAGUUAAACAGCUGGAACUAGUGGAUCUGAUCUUGGGAAGUUUUACGUGUUUACUGUUUUCAUUGACCUUUUAAUGGGAGUUGCAAGAGCACCUCCAAAGAUCAGGCCUUUUACUUCACAUCACAAAGGAUACUGAGGGGCUCCUGAGUACUGGGACUCAGCAGUGCUGUAACCACUCUUCAUGAGUGCCAGGUGCUCUGUUACAGUCAGUUUCUACUGGGACAUGCAGGCUGAAAACAUUCCAGUUUUAAAUCCUUUCAAUGCUUUUUAGGAAGCUUUGAACAAUCAUUGCCCAUGCUACAUUUCAGCUUGACUGUCGGAGCCUCUCAUGUUUUGGAAUUCUCGCUUUACCCUUCUAAGAAUUUAAGAUGCCCACGGAAGCUUUCAAUCAAAGUAAUUUUUAAAAAAUUCUGGAUUGUCCUCGGACAUAUUGGAAUUGACCAUUGGGCCAAGCGCACUAACUUUUGCGGAAACAUUCAUCCAGCUAAUACCUUGAGCUUUAUUCUAGGUACUUAGGAAGUUUGGUAGCUAUUCCUUUUGCUAUUCCUGUUGGUGAAGAAACUUGUUUGUGGUCUCUAAAAGGAUGGAUGUUGAAGGUCUGAUGAUGAGCUAUAAAAAUUCAGUCCAUUUACAUGAGGCAUGGGAGAGGGUGAGUAGAGGCUGGGGUGCUGAUCAGAAUUGAGACUUCUACGUUGUUUGUUUACAUUGUUAAAUGUGCAGCAUUCUGUGUGGGGUUCACAUGUGGAAACUUGCACUAAUGAACUCAGAAGAAUAUUGCAUUGUUGUAUCUCAGUGUACUGCGAUGUCAAUGGUCUCUACUUGCAAAAUGCUUCAGUGUGCCAAUUUUUGUUUCUUUGAAAAACCAUGAGGUGGUUCAACUUAAGUUGUGGUAUCCUUGUUUCCCUCCUUGAUAUUUUACAAGGAUUUUCUACAAAUAAGAUAUGCUUGUUAAACUUGACUACUGGAGGGGUUUGUUUUAGAAGAAUUAGCUUGCUGUCUUUGGUCAGAAAGACCAAAUUUUGUACUCACAUCCAGAUACAACUCCAUUGAAGUCAGUGAUGGGGGGUGCAUGUGUGGAGAACAUAAAUGUAUGCAGAAUUUCACCAAAUAUAUUUGAAGUGUAUAUCUCACUGUGUGCAGCACAUACUUAAGCUGCUGCUGCUUCUAUUUUAAUGAAGGGGGCAGGGAGACUGUCAGAUGAUGAAGAGCAGUUGGAGAGGUUAGUGCUUUUUCUGUUCUGAUUUACCAAAGAAUUUGGUGAGAAAGUUGAGAGCUACAUUUUCACAGAUAUUUUACAUAAAUCUAAAAUGGAAAUCUUAAAUUGGGGAGGCUGGAAGUUCCCACUAUGUAGAUUUCCGUAUUACAGGUACAUCACUACAACUGGCAUCCUUGUAAGGGAACAUUCCUGGUGGAUAAACCAAUUGAUUUGACAUAGAGACGAAACAUUCACUUUUCCUUUCCCAUCCAACCAGCCACAGCUUGUGCUAUCUCUAUCCCACAUAAGGGAGCAUGUGCUUUGCUACUUUGAAAUUGACUGAGAAAUGAAGUUUUAAUUCCACUGCAUAUUGGCCUCAAGUCAGCAAGAUACUUACAUGCUGAAAGUUGGGCAUGAAUGUAAGUGGUGCUAUUGACAUGCACACUUAAAAUUAGGCACUCUUAAGUACCUUCCUGAAUCAGAACCAUAAACAGUGAAGCAUUUUCCUUAAGUGCACCAUGUGUAAUUUAUCCUGCCUAUGCUUCAAAAUGUUCAUAGCUGAAUAUCUGCACAUGGAAAUACAGUAAUAAUGAACUGGGAGUGGAGAGAGGUACAGCUUUUUAAAAAACACAGAACAUGUUUCAGAAAACAUGGGUAUAAUUUUCCCCAGGUAUACGUACUAGUCGCUACAUUUACAUCUGUAGCUGUGCAUAUUUGAAUUGCAAUAGUCAGGGCCGGUCCUAACCAAUUGGCGGCCUUAGGCGAUCACUUGGCUUGCCCAUUGGGUUGUCAGAUGGUUUUAAAAAAAAAAAAAAAACCUCCAGGGAAAAUUUGUCAAGCCAAAAAAAAAAGGGUCGGGUAACCGGGGAAACCUGGGGGGGGAGGAUUUGGGAGGUCAGGCCAAAAUGCAGUUGUGGCCCGCCCCUAAGACCGGUUCUGUUGGCAGCCCCUUGAAUAUGGUGGCCCCAGGCGACCACCUGGCUCACCCACCCCUUAGACUGGCUCUGGCAAUAGCGAUUCAAACACAGUGUUGGUCUCCAAAUGUAUACCUGGAGUAUCCUUUUGCACAUUAAAAGGAACCAUGCAUGGGAGAUUUAAGCUAGGAGAUAUAAUAUGCAGAGGUCUACCUUGAUGCAUUGAUAGAAUGCUAUCAUUAGGAAACAAUAGAAAAAUCUUAAUUCUGGUUUCCAUGAAUCCAAAAUUCAACCAAGCUGCCUGCCUACAAACACAUUAGGUUAUUACAUGAAAUUUGGCAAUAUAGAAUUUGCAUUGAAUCAGUUUAUACCGGUGGAUUAGAUUUGCUGUGGAAACUGUAACUUACAAUAUCCUGUGUUCUAAAUCUCAAACAUAACUCUGUGCGUGUAUGUACACACAGAGCUUUGCUAAUAUGAAGAUGCCCGAUUGACAGAGGCAAUAAUUUUCUGUUCUCCCAUUCCCAACAAUAAUAAUUAAUCCAGAAGACUCACUCUGCCUCUCUGCACGGAGGUAAUGGCAGCUUGUAGUAUUGUCUCAUUUUACCUAGGCUUAAUUACAUUUAUAAAACAUACUACAGAACAUUUACAACUAUAUCCAAAAGAAACUAACGCUCUGUCACACUUGACAAUAAAAAAGAAAAAUUCCAUUAUGUGAUAUAUUAUCAUUAGGUUGAUAAUUAAUGCAAAUUAAUAAGAUAUUUUUGUGCAAUUUACAGCUACAUGGAAAUCAGUUUGUGUCAGAUCUAGCUUACUGAUAAAUGAAAGAUCCUUUAAGCUGCUUGGUGCCUGCAGAUAUUAUGCUCCAUUGCUGGCCCAUGAAGGGGAAUGGAAUUUCUGGCAUUGUUGAAUUUUGGUGAUCAUCUGGUCUCCAAGUUGUACAUUACCCCUCCCUUUAUGAUGAAUGCUUUCUAUCAGUGCUCCAUUGCAUGAAUUACACACCCAAACUGAGUUCUGCUUCAUGGCUUUUUUUCCUCCCUUCUUUGCAUGUAUCCAUUCUAUCCAAAUUUUAUUGAAAGGCAACUAUCAUGAAUAUUUCUGGUCUUACCAAGUUAGCAGACAUUAAUGGAAUGAAUUUAAAGUUUUCCCAUUCUAGAAGGAAAUGCUAAAACUGAAAUUCUUGGAUCCAUUUGUUCAGUUGAAAAAAAAUCAUUCUUAAAAGCUGAUCAGUUAUUUUCUGUGUCAUAUUUUGCCCUUCGUGUGAAUAUCACAUGAUGUUGUUAUGGGUAAAAUCUCUAUUUUCUGCACACACCAUACAAAAAUAGCCGAUUACCUCUUGCUUCUACCAGAAAGAAUCAGUAAAUAUGUCACUGAUUAUUUAAUACAAACAUAAUUUUUAAAUUAUUAUCCAAAGCAGCUUUUCUAAUUCUGGAAAUUUCUUGCUGGAGGAGGUAUGGGGGGGAUGUUGUUUGAAAUGUAAGCCUCAAUAUAUUCACCAUUUUGACUAUGCAUCAAGCAGACUAAUUGGGAAUAGUUCCUGCAGCUAGUAAGUACAGGGCAAGCACACUAUGUUCCAACUUUUUUUUAAUCAGUAAUGGUUCAAAAUACUAUUGGAAAUUGUAGACUGUAGGGCAAAUCUCUUCAGUAAUUUAAGAGUAGAAGACCUUCAUGGGUUCGGUAUGUUGCUAAUGCAAAAUUAAUUGGAACUGGGAAAUCUAGCUCCAAAGUGAUGUGGGGCAAAUUGGCAAACUAGAUUCCCUCUGGAAGUUAACUUGCUAAAGUGCACUGGCAUGGUUGCAUUGUUGAAGAGCUGUCCUGCAUCCUUCUGAGACUCAGCAAGGGCAGGUCUACACUAGGGGGCAGUGUCAACCCAAGGUAUGCAACUCCAGCUAUGUAAAUAGCCUAGCUAGAGUAGACAUAUCUCAGAUCGCAUUGCCACAGAGUCUCUGCUGUGGGGGUUGAUAGCAGAAACUCCUGUUGACUCUCCUUAAACGUCUUGUUCCAGUGGAGUAUGCCCAUCAGCGAUCAAUUUAGCGAGUCCUUACUCCCGGUUAAGUGUAGACCUGCCCUUACUCAGCUGCAGACUUAAACAGUUAAGAGUCAAUAAGAGAAAAUGAAAGAAUAUUUUGUAAAGAGGAUACCACCAGGCUUAAGCUGAACUAGCCUUGUUUGCAAGUGAAGGAUCUGGUGCUGCUUUCAGAUUUUUAAUCUUUUUUAAAAUUUUAUUUGUUUUUAUCCUUUUUUGUAAGCUUUAAUCACUGUUUGUCAUUGUCUUAAAGCCAGCUGGUGUCUCUUGUUCAUCGACUUUGGUACGAUGGUGCUUUGCAAGGUUGUAUUUAUAUUAUAACGGCCAACAUUUGGUCAGCCCGUAUCCACUCAUUCACUAACUAUUUUUGUGUAAAAUAAAGUGCUUUACUUAUAAGCUGUAUAUAAACCUUGUACAAAAAUCCCUUUUCAGUUAUUACUAUAAACUUGAGUUGUAACAAAUGAAAUGUUGAUUUUUAUAAUAAAAUUAAGAGUGGAAAAAAAACAGAGUAACUUCACUUUU